UGACAUCUCUCUUUCCGGCUGUUAAUCGUCGUGCGAACACACUUUUGUUUGACCGACUGAAAGUUUUAAUUUAAUAUCCGUAUCCAAAACUUUCAACAUGCCUCCAAAAUUCGACCCCAAUGAAAUCAAGCACGUGUAUCUAAGAUGCGUUGGUGGAGAAGUCGGUGCGACCUCAUCCCUUGCGCCCAAGAUUGGUCCUCUAGGAUUGUCACCGAAAAAAAUUGGUGAUGACAUUGCUAAGGCAACAGGAGACUGGAAAGGACUAAAAAUCACUGUGUGUCUGACCAUUCAAAAUCGACAGGCCCAGAUUUCCGUUGUCCCUUCAGCUGCUUCUUUGAUCGUCAAAGCGCUAAAGGAACCACCACGCGAUAGGAAAAAAGUGAAAAACAUCAAACACAACGGAAACAUUACGUUUGAUGAAGUAAUCAGUAUCGCACGAGUAAUGCGACCACGUUCAAUGGCUCGUGAACUUUCGGGUACCUGUAAGGAAGUCCUCGGAACUGCUCACAGCGUCGGUUGCACAAUUGAUGGUCGCGCGCCACAUGACGUCAUCGACGACAUUAACAGUGGAGCGGUUGAGUGUCCUUCCGAAUAAAUAUUUUUGUGGACAAAUAUAUGAAAAAUGAUUCAAUAAAAUCAUUAUUUGUUUAGUUUGUCACUCCAACGAAAAAACGUAUUUUGAA